GAAGGCAGAGUCUCCGCGACUCGAGUCUUAAUGCGUUGUGUACUAAUCGCGCCGCCGUCUGACGUCAGGUGUCAGAGGUCACAGCAGCGUUGGCGGUGGCAAUUUUUUUUUUUUUAAACCGGAAACCGCUGCUGCCGGAGUCCGAGCGGAGUCUGUGCUGCGGUGGCGGGAGCCCGGCUGGCCUGAGGUCGUCGCGUCGGCCUUGUGGAGCCUGACGCUGCCCUCGGCGCGGCGGGGAGGAUGGUGCCGAGCGGGCCCGGGCCCAGCGCUCGCCGCCGCAAGUGAGGCCGGCGCGGCCGCGGACGUCCGCCGAGCGGCUGGCCGGGCCGGGCAGGGCCGGGGCGCGCUGCUGCCCGCGGUGCGGGUGUAGCUGAUGAGAAUAAUGGUGAGCAUCAACCCCCUGGAGAACUGGAGGCUGUACGUCAGCAGCCGGCCCCCGCUGGUGGUCUUCAUGAUCAGCGUGAGCGCCAUGGCCAUCGCCUUCCUGACCCUGGGCUACUUCUUCAAGAUCAAGGAGAUUAAGUCACCGGAAAUGACAGAGGACUGGAAUACUUUUCUGCUGCGGUUUAAUGAUUUGGACUUUUGUGUAUCGGAAAAUGAAACUUUGAAGCAUCUCUCAAAUGACAGCACGGCUCCAGAGAGCACAGUUACCAGCGGGCAGGCCAGAGUGUCCACCCAGACCCCCCAGGCCCUGGAGGACCCGGGCCCUGUGAAUAUCUCGGUUGCAAUCACCCUCACCCUGGACCCACUCAAGCCCUUCGGCGGGUACUCUCGCAACGUCACGCACCUAUACUCCACCAUUCUGGGGCAUCAGAUCGGACUUUCAGGCAGGGAAGCUCACGAGGAGAUAAAUAUUACCUUUACCUUACCUGCUGCAUGGAGCUCGGACGACUGUGCUCUUCAUGGCCAUUGUGAGCAGGUGGUGUUCACAACCUGCAUGACCCUCACGGCCACCUCUGAUGUCUUCCCUGUCACCGUCCAGCCCCCGCACUGCUCUCCUGACACGUACAGCAAUGCUACCCUGUGGUACAAGAUCUUCACGACUGUCCGUGAUGCCAACACAAAAUAUGCCCAAGAUUACAACCCCUUCUGGUGUUACAAGGGAGCCAUUGGGAAAGUCUAUCAUGCUUUAAAUCCCAAGCUCACAGUGAUUGUUCCAGACGAUGACCGCUCAUUAAUCAAUCUGCAUCUCAUGCACACCAGUUACUUCCUCUUCGUGAUGGUGAUAACGAUGUUUUGCUAUGCUGUCAUCAAAGGCAGACCCAGCAAGUUGCGUCAGAGCAAUCCUGAAUUUUGUCCUGAGAAGGUGGCUUUGGCUGAAGCCUAAUCCCACAGCUCCCGGUUUUCUGAGAGAGACUGAGAUAACCAUAAUCAUUGCCUGCUGAACCCAGCCAGGGCCUGGCCACUCAGAAUACAUGAUCUUGCAGUGUUGGGUUAUUCCAGCCAAAGACAUUUCAAGUGCCUGUAACUGAUUUGUACAUAUUUAUAAAAAUCCAUUUGGAAACUUGUCCAAUGAUGCACGUGCUUUGCACCUGGUACAGCCAGAGCGCUUCAGCCUCAUCUGGACCUGUGAACUUGAUACUUCCACACACGCUGGAGAAGUUCCUGGGUCCUGCUGCAGCAGAGCAGGUCGUGGUGAUCACAGGGUCACGGGGCGUGUCAUUGCUGCUGGGGUGAGGUUGCUUCGGCUCUUGUUUCAGCCAAUGCCUACAGAAUGUGUUCAGCAGUCUGCACCUUUGAUAUGAUACGCAUUUCAAAAGCCACCAAUGCAUUUGUGGAUCUUAUGUGUCUGUGGCUUAAUCAUCAUAGUGACAGUGGUAAUACCCUUUUCCUCACUUUGCUUGCAAGAACACAUGCCUUUCUUAAGUUUAUUUUUUUCUUUUUCUGUUUUUAAGAAAAAAUAAAUAAAAUAGUCACAUUUUAAUACUCCUCUAGUUAGGAAAGGUGUGUGCUUUUAUCCUGAGUGAAAAGUUAAAUAUUUACAAGUCACCUACAUGGUAAAGAUCUAGGUUUCAUUUUCCAUAUGGAUGGUGAGGAGCGUGGUCUUGUGGGAACUAGGCAGAAUGCUCUGCUGUCUCUUUUCCCUCCCUGCUCCAGGUAAUGCAGGUGGCAUAGUAGAGUGUCUCUUUUCUGUUUGGAAAAAGAAAUGAAUUUCGUUUAAAGUAGCAUUUAUUUUUAUGCCCCUAACUUGUUUGCAGAAGAAAAAAUGGCAUCCCUGACAUUAUAGAAGGAAAAAGAAUGCCUGUGAAGUUUGAAGGAAUGUGAUUCUGAUUGGCUAUGUGUCAGGGAAAAUCAAAAGCGUGAUCAUCUAGUUCCUCGGUCCCCUUUGCCCUCUCAUCCUCAUCGUGAGAACAUUGUGCACUGUCUUUGCUGGUCUGUUCUGUCACUUGAGUUCUUACUGCUUUUCUUAACAGCUCUUUGCCUUAAUAACUUACUGUCAGUAGUGACUUCUGUGUUCUCCUAGGCAGUGUUACAGCAGAAGGGCAAGGGAACUUUGCACGUGACUGUCAGCACCUCUUUGCUUAAUUCUAGGUCUGUGGUCUGUUCCAAGUUACAGUUACUUCCCACGGUCGGAAAUUUUCUAGCCCAGAACACCUUAUCCCAGGCAUUCUUGAAUGGAAGCAGUUGUGUGCUUUUAUUGAAAAUUGUUAAAAUAAUCACAACAGCUGCUUGGUAUGUUAGUAUUCCUGGUUUUUGGGUUUUUUUCCUUUUCUUUCAAGCACAGUAAUCAUACUGUCCAAUCCAGGCUUUUGUUCGUGUGUUGUCUUUGUGUGAUAGGAGUUGCUUACAUGAUGCAUGCCUAGCGUGUUAGUUCUUGCUUUUCUCUUUCGAGACCCUUAUGGGACACAUUCAGAAGGAGCCAUAUUUCUUGGCCUUUAAAAUGUCAAUAUCAUUAGGACCAUUAGAUUUUAGAUUAAGUUGCUAUCGAAUUAAUAAAAUCCCAAUGAAGGCCUGCUGUCACGGCACACACCUUAAUCCCAGCCACUCAGGAGGCUCUUCCCUUAAUUUGAGGAGAUUGGGAGGAUCAUAUUUUAAGGCCAGCCCAGGCAAAAAGUUAAGGGGAUCCCCAACUCAAACAGUAAGAAGGGCAUGGUGGCACACAUCAUCCCUGCUGUGUGGGAGACAUAGGUAGCAAAUCUCAGUCCCAGAUAAGCCCCCGCAAAAAGCACGAGACCCUAUCUGAAAAAGAAUCUAAAGCAAAAAGGGCUGAGUAUGUGGCUCAAGUGAUAGAGUGCCUCCCUCACAAGCACAAGGCCCAGAGUUCAAAACUCCAGCACUCCUCCCCCACCCCCACAAAAUUCCAAUGAGGUGGAGUUCUAGGGAUAGAUUUGUAACUGUUAGAGUAAUAUAAAAGGAAAAAGAUGAGUGCAUAAAUCAGUUUCACUGAUUUCUCCAAUGCAGCUCAUUUCUGUUCAUUGCCUUGUUUUAAUUACUGGAGUCUGUAACUGGGGGGUGGGGGAGGGGAACUGUUAGGUGUGAAGAAAAGAAGUGCCAAAUUGCCUGGACAAUACUACGACUUGUCCUGUGGUCAGAUACACUUUAAAAUUCACCAUUCACUGGUCUUAAGUUCUCAUGGUCUUAAAGAAACACAGAAUCAGUUAGGUUAUGUGAUGGAGAGUUGGGAAGAGAGGAGGUUCCGGGGCCCAGGGUUGGGGGAGCUCUGGGGAGCCUGCUUGUGUUUGAGCAGGUGCACCCGAGGCCUCCUCAGCUGCUUUGCUGGUGGACCUCAGGACUGGGGAGUUAUGACAGGGCCUUUUGCUUUUGGGGCUGACGUGACACAGCAGCGCUGGCUGAUCCUCAGGCGGCUUGGACUGGAGGUCCAAUAAAAGGUCAGCAACUUACUAUGAAAAUGGGUUGUUUCAGAUCAUAUUGAUCUCUUUCCUUUUUCUUUUUGUCCUUCCACUGUAUGACUUGAAUCAGUUUUGAUUCUAUUGUACGUUUUCUCAUCAUUAGGAGCCUGACGUUUCUGUUGCGUUUCUUGGCGGUUUGUAAGAUUGAGCUCCCGGUUUUCCAGCCCUCAAGUACCUGCUGGCACUGUGGGUUUAUGAGGGUGUGGAUCCAUUUCAUUCUCUUGCUGCAUGGUCUGUUAUGGUAUCACUUCCCCAUUAACUUUCUCUGUUCGAAGUAUGUGCAUAUGUGCUUUACAAAUAAAACAUUUGACUUUGCUUUGUCUCCUUUCCUGCAGUCUGGCGGGUGUUCUCUAAGGGAGGAGUGUAAGCAGAAGUAGGUGAGGAUCUGUGCUAUAAGCACUUGUCAAGGUAAGGAGUGAAGAUGGCCUCCCCAAUCCCACAGCUUUCCUUGCUGAGAGCAGAAAGCCUCUUGUAGCUUCUGAUACCAGCAAGUGUUCACAGACCGGUCCCAAACACUACCUGAAGACUUAUUAAUACCUUGCUGUGGCUGAGGGACAAUGCUUGCCAAACAUGUACAAGGCCUGAGUUCCAUCCCCAGCAUGGCAAAAAACAACAACAACAAAAAAAACCCCUAUUCCUGGUUAUAUAAGUCUUCACACACACUGAGUUUGUUAGCAGCAGCCUCCUAGCCUGCUCCCCAUGUGCAUAUGCCAGACUUCAUUUGUGAAUCACUGAGUGGGACAGGUUGACAUGCAUCAUGACAGGUGGAGGAUUAGAUGGGCCACUCAGGUUGCUGGACAUGGGAUUAUUGCUGUUAGUUUCCUAACAACAAAGUAUACUUUUCCCUCAUUUACCUGCAUUCCUGCAAAAUAUAAUGUAUGUUACAAGUAUGCAAGAAAUACUUUGUGCAAAAUAGAGCUAGGUUUAGGUUCAAAUGAUGCUAAUCAUUUUGUAUGUCUACAGUGAGGGACUGGAAGCCAUGUUGAAUAUGUGCAACUCAUUGCAUUGUU